GCGAUCUGCCAAUACAAAUUUUAACAAGAAGAAGACGGACCAGGAGGGGAUUGUGAGACGAAAAACCCGGCGGGGAGAAACGGUGUGACAUCAUUGGCAGCCUCAUCUUGGAUCUAGCAUGGCCUUCAGCAAAGGAUAUCGCAUCUACCACAAGUUGGACCCGCCCCCGUACAGCGUCAUCGUGGAAACCAGGAACAGAGAUGAAUGCCUCAUGUUCGAGUCGGGCGCCGUCGCCGUGCUAUCGGCUGCAGAGAAGGAGGCCAUUAAGAACACCUACACCAAGAUGAUGGACGCCUAUGGGAUUCUGGGAGUCCUACGCCUCAACCUGGGUGAUUCCAUGCUCCACAGCUUGGUAGUAGCAGCAGGCUGUAGCUCCGUAGGGAAGGUGCAAGACUCUGAGGUGUUCCGGGUCACGUCUACAGAGUUUGUUUCUCUGAAGAACGACCCGAGUGACGAGGACCGCAUCGCUGACGUCAGGAAAGUCCUGAACUCUGGGAAUUUUUAUUUUGCUUGGUCCUCUAGCGGCAUCAGCAUGGACCUCAGCCUCAACGCUCACCGCCGGAUCAAAGAGGACACGACAGACAACCGCUUCUUCUGGAAUCAGUCCCUUCACCUUCACCUAAAGCACUACGGUGUGAACUGUGAUGACUGGUUGUUGAGGUUGAUGUGCGGCGGGGUGGAGAUCAGGACGAUCUACGCAGGUCACAAACAGGCCAAGGCCUGCGUCAUCUCCCGCCUCAGCUCAGAGAGGGCCGGGACGCGCUUCAACGUCCGAGGGGCCAACGAUGACGGACAGGUGGCCAACUUCGUAGAGACUGAACAGGUGAUCUUCCUGGAUGACCAGGUGUCUUCCUUCAUCCAGAUCCGUGGUUCCAUUCCUCUGUUCUGGGAGCAACCAGGAAUACAGGUGGGCUCUCAUCGUGUCAAGCUCUCCAGAGGGUACGAGGCCAACGCACCGGCUUUUGAGAGACACUUCAGUGCUCUGAGGAGGCUGUAUGGGAAACAGGUGAUCAUCAACCUGCUAGGCAUGAAGGAGGGAGAACACAUGCUCAGCAAAGCAUUCCAGAGUCACCUGAAGGCGUCCGAACACGCCGGAGCUGUGAAGAUGAUUAACUUCGACUACCAUCAGAUGGUGAAGGGCGGCAAAGCUGACAAACUCCACAGUGUCCUCAAACCUCAGCUCAACGCGUUUCUGGAUGCCUGUAGCUUCUUCUGCUACUCUGGAGAGAAGGGGGUUACCAAGUCUCAGAGUGGUACCCUCAGGACCAACUGUCUAGACUGUCUAGACAGAACCAACAGUGUCCAGGCCUACUUCGCUUUGGAGAUGUUACCUAAGCAGCUAGAGGACAUGGGUCUGACAGAGAAGCCCCAGCUGGUAGCCAGGUUUCAGGAAGUGUUCAGGUCCAUGUGGACGGUUAACGGAGACUCUGUCAGCAAGAUCUACGCUGGGACUGGAGCCCUGGAUGGAAAGGCUAAGGGGGGUAAGUUGAAGGACGGUGCUCGCUCUGUGACCAGAACCAUCCAGAAUAACUUCUUUGACAGUUCAAAGCAGGAGGCCAUUGACAUCCUCCGACUGGGCUCAACACUGAACAGUGACCUGGCAGACAAGGCCCGGGCCCUGCUCACCACGUCUAGUCUUUACGUCACUGAGCCUAUCUUACAAUCAGCCUCUCCCAGAGUUCUACUGGGAAUGUGUCAGAACCACCAGAAAUACACCCGUCCCAAACAGAUCAGGGUGUCAGUGGGUACGUGGAACGUCAACGGGGGAAAACAGUUCCGCAGCAUCGCCUUCCGCAACCAGACCCUCAACGAUUGGCUGCUGGACGCACCGAUGAAGGCCGGGCUCCCAGACUUCCAGGACAGUAGAGCCAACCCACCAGAUAUCUUUGCCAUCGGCUUUGAGGAGAUGGUGGAGUUGAAUGCUGGCAACAUCGUCAGUGCCAGUACGACCAAUCAGAAGCUGUGGGCUGCAGAGCUGCAGAAGAACAUAUCCCGCGAUCAUAAAUACGUCCUACUGGCAUCAGAGCAGCUAGUGGGAGUCUGUCUGUUUGUCUUCAUACGCCCUCACCACGCCCCCUACAUCAGGGACGUUGCCGUGGAUACCGUGAACGGGAUGGGCGGAGCCACAGGUAACAAAGGGGGAGUGGCCAUCCGCAUGCUGUUCCAUACGACCAGUAUCUGUUUCGUCUGCUCCCACUUCGCUGCCGGCCAAUCACAGGUCAAGGAGAGGAACGACGACUACAACGAGAUCACACGCAAACUCACCUUCCCCAUGGGUAGACUGCUCUACUCCCACGACUACAUCUUCUGGUGUGGGGACUUUAACUACCGCAUCAGUCAGCCCAACGAGGAAGUGAAGGAGUUAAUCAGACAACAGAACUGGGAAGCCCUGACCGCCGGGGACCAACUAGUGGACCAGAAGAACCAGGGACUGGUGUUCCGGGGGUUCAUCGAGGGCAAUUUGGACUUUGCUCCCACCUAUAAGUACGACCUGUUCUCUGACGACUACGACACCAGUGAGAAGUGUCGUACCCCCGCCUGGACCGACCGCUGCCUAUGGAAGAGGAGGAAGUGGAACUUCGACAAGACUGCGGAGGAGAUGAACAUGGUCGGCCCAGUGGGAGAAGCAGAGGAACAGCUGUAAACACACACACACACACACAGGACUCUGAAAUACUAUGGGAGGGCUGAGCUCAAGACCUCUGAUCACAGGCCUGUGAUGGCAGUGAUGGAUAUAGAUGUCCUGGAGGUGGAUCCAGAUGCCCGUCACCAGGUGUAUAAGGAGGUGAUCGCCCUGCAGGGUCCUCCCGACGGAACCAUCCUGGUCUCCCUCUGUUCCUCCGGACCUGACGACUACUUUGACGACUCGCUCAUCGACGAGCUGCUGGACAAGUUCGCUGUGUUUGGAGAGGUCAUCCUCAUCAGGUUUGUAGAGGAGAAGAUGUGGGUGACGUUUCUAGAGGGUUAUUCUGCUCUGGCUGCCCUGUCUCUGAGCGCCUCCACGGUUCUGGGUAAGGUAAUAGACAUCCGUCUGAAGAGUUCAGGUUGGAUUAAGAGUCUGGAGGAGGAGAUGAGUGUAGAGAGGAUCUGUGGAUCUGUCCCUACUUCCGCCAGCUCCUCUCUGCUGGCCGAGGACACUGAUAUGGGAGAGGAUGACUACGAUAUGGAGGGCGAUGUGGAUGAGGAGGUGGAGGAUAUUCUCCCCCAACACCUUCAGCCCGGCGCAGGCCCCGGGCCCUUCUCCUCCCCCUCCCCCUCCCCACGGGGCAGCCCCUCUCACUCCCCCACCCACGGAGAACCAGCUGCCCCCAGCAGACCCAGCCGAUCUGCCCCACGCUCUGCUGGACCACCGCAAGGGACUCCAGUGGACUUCCAGCCUGGUGCUCCUCAGGCCCUGGAGCCUAAACGCCCCCCUCCUCCUCGCCCCAACGCCCCGCCAGCCCGACCUGCUCCUCCUCAACGCCCUCCUCCUCCAUCAGGAGGCCUCAGCCCCAUGCCCGGGAGAAGAGACAUGGGAGGACAAAAAAGCCCUGCGCUCGCUAGACCUGCCUCAGCGAUGGCCAGAAGGGGCAGUGAAGGUCGUGUCCAAUCAGGUCCUGGAGGCCUGCCCAGACCGAACAUGCCUCAGAGGGCUGGGGUGAUCAGUGUGACCCCCCAGGCGCGUCCUGCCCACCCAGGUGCUCCCAGACCCACCCCAGAGGCACCGGGGGCUCCACGGCCCACCCCAGACACUCACCCUGGAGCUCCCAGACCUGGCCCUGACGCCCAGCCUAAACCCACCGACCUGCCCCUGGGCCCCCCUCCUUCCGGACCCCCUCCAGUGAGACAUGUCCCCUCCCCGAUGCAGCCAACAAUGCAGCCCCAGUCUGCCUCUCCAGCCCAGGCUCCCAUGCAGGCUCCCAUGCAGGCUCCCAUGCAGGCCCAGUCUGCCUCUCCAGCCCAGCCUCCCAUGCAGGCUCCCAUGCAACCAACCAUGCAACCAACCAUGGCUGCCCCAAUGCAGCCACCCAUGCAGGCUCCCAUGCAGCCCCAGUCUGCCCCUCCAGCCCAGCCACCCAUGCAGGCUCCCAUGCAGCCCCAAAUGGCUGCUCCAAUGCUGCCCACACAGGCCGGAGCAGGGCUAGGGGCUACCGGGGCUGUGGCCCCCCAGGGGCUGUCCUCCCCCAAGCCCCCUCCCCGCUCCCGUUCUUCUCAUGUCCUGCCCCCUGAGACCACCACUACAGAGAAUGCCCCUGCAACCCAGAUCAAUGGAGUGAAUGGAAUCCAGAGAGAAGCACAAUGGAAGCCCGAACCCUUUGACACACUCACCUCUGACCUCUCCGCCUCUUGGCUCAACACCCAAUCACUGACCAGGAACUCCUCCUUACACUCAGCUCCUACCCUCCCUUCAUCCCUCCACUCCACCCCUCUGUCCACCCUGCAGGGCUUCGACGACUCCUCUUCCUCCACCCUCCCCCCUUCCCUCACCCGGUCUCUCCUCCCCCCUCCCCCGGGCCCAUCUCGAAGUAGGUCACAGGAGGCCCUGCAGCGGGGCUCUCCCAACCCCUUCCUGAGUGAUCCGGUCCCGGCCCGUCCCAACAGCACCAACCCCUUCACUGGUCCUCUGGUGCAGCAGGGUCAGAGGCGCUCCCUGACACCUGACUUCCUUGCCCAGCAGAAGGCCUCAAGGCCUGGUCUCGACAGGACCAUGUCUGCCUUCACCCAGCCCCUCGCCCCUACCCCAGCCCCGUUCCCAGCUUUUGCCCCCAACAUGACGCCAGGGGCACCUGCACCCCCUCCAUCGCUCCACCGGACAAUGUCCCUGCUUGGCCCAUCGAUGACCCCCCUCAUCCCUGCUCCAGCGCUCCCUCUCCUGACUGCUCCCUCUCUCCCUGCCCCUAUGCUCCCCCUGGCUCUUUCUCCCUCUCGCCCUCUUCUUCCAGCCCCUGCCCUCCCCCUGUCUCCUCCCUCCUCCACACCUGCCCUCCCCCUGUCUCCUCCCUCCUCCACCCCUGCCCUCCCCCUGUCCCCUCCCUCCUCCACCCCUACCCCCCUGUUGUCCCGCCCCCAGCCCCCUCCUCCCCCUCGGGCCCAGCUGUGGGUGACCUUCGAUGAUGAUUCAGUCCUCCCCGUCCCAGCCAAGGCUCCACCAGCAGCCCCAACUGCUUCCACCUCCCCCCCAUCUCUCACCCAGACUCAGUUUUCCUGCUCUGGUUUCGACUCUGACCCACACUGGGCCACUGGCUCCACCACCUUGACCUCCACAUUCCUCUCCCGGCACCCUCCGAUCCCAGCCAGGGUGGUCCCAGGAAGCAGCCAGCCCCCGCUCCCAGCCCGAGCCACAAACAACCUCCCUUUCCCCAAGGACUUCACUGAGAGAUAGGAGUGACCCGGCGAUCUAUGGUCCACCACAGAGGAAACGUGUCCUAGGUCGUCCCUGUCCUACAUAUCUAGAGGAGUGUAGAUCUAUGGUCCACCACAGAGGAAACGUGUCCUAUGUAGGACAGGGACGACCUAUCUAGAGGAGUGUAGAUCUAUGGUAAAUGUGAAUGUGUGUAUGGUUUGUAUAAAGAGUCAGGUAUUUAACCCAUUUAGACUAAACCCCUCCCACUCCUGAAUAUUCAUGUACCACUGCUGUUCCAUAACAUCGAUGUUGUUAACACAUCACAUGUCAUUAUGUGAAUAUGUAUGUUUCUCCUGGUCUUGUUUAUUUUGUUAUGGCAGGAGACAUGUUCCUGGGUCUAUAUUAGGGCUGUCCAACCCUGUUCCUGGAGAGAUAAACCUCCUGUAGGUUUUAACUCCAACCCUGUUCCUGGAGAGAUAAACCUCCUGUAGGUUUUAACUCCAACCCUGUUCCUGGAGAGAUAAACCUCCUGUAGGUUUUAACUCCAACCCUGUUCCUGGAGAGAUAAACCUCCUGUAGGUUUUAACUCCAACCCUGUUCCUGGAGAGAUAAACCUCCUGUAGGUUUUAACUCCAACCCUGUUCCUGGAGAGAUAAACCUCCUGUAGGUUUUAACUCCAACCCUGUUCCUGGAGAGAUAAACCUCCUGUAGGUUUUAACUCCAACCCUGUUCCUGGAGAGAUAAACCUCCUGUAGGUUUUAACUCCAACCCUGUUCCUGGAGAGAUAAACCUCCUGUAGGUUUUAACUCCAACCCUGUUCCUGGAGAGAUAAACCUCCUGUAGGUUUUAACUCCAACCCUGUUCCUGGAGAGAUAAACCUCCUGUAGGUUUUAACUCCAACCCUGUUCCUGGAGAGAUAAACCUCCUGUAGGUUUUAACUCCAACCCUGUUCCUGGAGAGAUAAACCUCCUGUAGGUUUUAACUCCAACCCUGUUCCUGGAGAGAUAAACCUCCUGUAGGUUUUAACUCCAACCCUGUUCCUGGAGAGAUAAACCUCCUGUAGGUUUUAACUCCAACCCUGUUCCUGGAGAGAUAAACCUCCUGUAGGUUUUAACUCCAACCCUGUUCCUGGAGAGAUAAACCUCCUGUAGGUUUUAACUCCAACCCUGUUCCUGGAGAGAUACCCUCCUGUAGGUUUUAACUCCAACCCCAGUUGUAACCAACCUGAUUCAGAUUUUCAACCUGCUAAUUAUUAGAAUCAGGUGCACUAGAUGAGGGUUGGAGUUAAAACCUACAGGAGGUGUAUCUCUCCAGGAACAGGGUUGGAGUUAAAACCUACAGGAGGGUCUCUCCAGGAACAGGGUUGGACAGCCCUGGGUCUAUAUAGUUAAUGUCAAUGUAUAUCAAUAUAUAUAUAUAUAUCUAUCUAUGCGCUCAAAUGGUGUCAGCUCCUGUGUAAUAUUGAACAUGUCUACCUACGGCCAUACAGUUAGAUUGUCACCGAGAUUCUUAUUCCAUAUUAUCAGCAUUCUAGGAUAUGACCACAUUCCCUACACUCAGCGGUGCGUCACGUUCACUGUUAUGACACGGUAGGGCUACAGACACAUACACAUCCAUCGUUAUACUAGGCUGCAUGUAAGCAGCAGUAGCCUAGUCCCUGUCAUUCAAACAGAAACCCAGUGUCCACUCCUCACUGCUUAUUCAGUAUAGGGUGGAGUGCACUGCAGGAGCCAAAAUGGAACCCAGUUUCUACACCUCACUGCUUAUUCAGUAUAGGGUGGAGUGCACUGCAGGAGCCAAAAUGGAACCCAGUUUCUAUACCUCACUGCUUAUUCAGUAUAGGGUGGAGUGCACUGCAGGAGCCAAAAUGGAACCCAGUUUCUACACCUCACUGCUUAUUCAGUAUAGGGUGGAGUGCACUGCAGGAGCCAAAAUGGAACACAGUUUCUAUUCCUCACUGCUUAUUCAAUAUAGGGUGGAGUGCACUGCAGGAGCCAAAAUGGAACACAGUUUCUACACCUCACUGCUUAUUCAGUAUAGGGUGGAGUGCACUGCAGGAGCCAAAAUGGAACCCAGUUUCUACACCUCACUGCUUAUUCAGUAUAGGGUGGAGUGCACUGCAGGAGCCCAAAUGGAACCCAGUUUCUACACCUCACUGCUUAUUCAGUAUAGGGUGGAGUGCACUGCAGGAGCCCAAAUGGAACACAGUUUCUACACCUCACUGCUUAUUCAGUAUAGGGUGGAGUGCACUGCAGAAGCCAAAAUGGCCAACUGUCAUGUCACUCAGCAUUGAUCAGAAAUCACCUUGCUCUACAGAUUUUCUAGCCUGUUAUACAACGUCUUCAUGCGCCUCUGUAUCAGGCAGGGCCAGAACUCACAGUUACUGAAUAUCUAUAUCUGUAUAGUACAACACCUAUUUUAUCUGUCAUGAAUGUACAUUGCACAGGUUGUUGUUGUCGUUGUCUCCUUGAGACCACAAAUGAUGGUUUCUCUGUCUCUCUUCCCUGCCAUCAGCAUCUGUGUUUUGGGCUGUUGUGCUAAAGCUCAACGUGUUCUUUAGCCACAUAUCAACCUGUAUACAUUGUGUUUCUGUAUAUUUUCAGAGAGCAGGCUAGUCUCCGAGACGUGUAUAUUCACGGUAUAACAGAUAUGCACUAAAGACUUCAUAUUAAGUCGACCAGAUUCUCUUGAGAGGUUCUUGUGAAAAGCAUUAACGUUUUGGUGAGCGUGACGGAUUGAGAAAGAGGAGAGACGGUUUUGACAGAUGACUUGGGCUUAAACCUGCUUCCUCCUCCUCCUCUGUAUCUCGUGUGUGCGUGUGUGUGGAGCUGUAUACUGUACGUAUCCCAGUAUAUAUAUAUAUAUAUAUAUAUAUAUAUAUAUAUAUAUAUAUAUAUAUAUAUAUAUAUUCCUCAUUGAUUUGAUCCAACGCUUGGACCUGUACUACUUUAUAGUAAUAUGAAUGUGGUGUUCUUCUGUACUAUCGGGAUCCUUCCUAUAUAUCUGAUCUCCAACAAUCCCGUUUUGCUUUCUUGUUGUGUGUCGCUUUAAAAAAACAAACAUGGAUUUUGCUUUGAACUUAAUUGUACUCGCAGAGAUGGUACCUACCUACUUAUUUUUUAUUUCAAAAGAGAAGGUUAUUUCUAAUCUAUUUAUUAUUGAAACUGUGGUGAGAAAGUACUGUGCUGUGUUUGAGGUGUGUUGUUGUCUGUCGUGGGUGGGUGGGUGAGGGGGGUUGGUUGUGUGUGCUGCUCUGUGUGUAGUGUGUGUACAGUGUUGUGUGUGUGGGGGGGGUGGUAGUAUUGUCAGCAUUUUUCUCCUGAGGGUCUUAAAUACUACAGUAACAUAUGUCACGUACUCUCACAGAUUUAGAGACCAACGGCCACCCUAACACACAGGCCAACGGCCACCCUAACACACAGGCCAACGGCCACCCUAACACACAGGCCAACGGCCACCCUAACACACAGGCCAACCCCAGAAGGACUUGUAGGCACCUCCCCCUUUCAAUGUUUAUAAUACAAAACUAUACAACAACAAAAAAAUCAUAUUUUUAAGAGAGAAACAAAUCAUUGGAGAUUUACACAAAGAAGAAGGAAAACAGGAGGGGUAAAGAAUAACAAAAGGAAAUGAACGUACAAAGCAGAUAUCUAAUAGUCAGAUGCAUCCUCCUCACACUACAUGCUAGUGUCAUUGAGCCAAUCAGAGUUAACUUCCUGUUGAUGAGGUGUGGUGGUAUCAACAUCAGUGAUGUGUCAGUGUUCUACUCCGUAUUCCGUUGUUGUCCUGCUACUAUCUACGUUGGUCUUUCUCUUAAAAACACACUGCAGGAGCCAACAUGGAACCCAGUUUCCACUCCUCACUGCUUAUUCAGUAUAGGGUGAGUGCACUGCAGGAGCCAACAUGGAACCCAGUUCUCACUGCUUAUUCAGUAUAGGGUGAGUGCACUGCAGGAGCCAAAAUGGAACCCAGUUUCUAUUCCUCACUGCUUAUUCAGUAUAGGGUGAGUGCACUGCAGGAGCCAAAAUGGAACCCAGUUUCUAUUCCUCACUGCUUAUUCAGUAUAGGGUGAGUGCACUGCAGGAGCCAAAAUGGAACCCAGUUUCUAUUCCUCACUGCUUAUUCAGUAUAGGGUGAGUGCACUGCAGGAGCCAAAAUGGAACCCAGUUUCUAUUCCUCACUGCUUAUUCAGUAUAGGGUGAGUGCACUGCAGGAGCCAAAAUGGACGACGCUGCUCUAGUGUUUUACACCAGUGUCUCCAACAAUGGCUCUGACAUGUAAAUGGUUUGUUGGUGAGAGGGACAUAUUGUGAUCAGCUCGAAGAGGAGAGCUUUUUUCCCUCUCAAGAAAACUGUUGGAUGAUGAUGUUAUUUCCCCCCAAAACUCUGUUAAAAAUGGUUGUGCUCCACCACCAGUGUAAAGUGUCCAGUCUAGUGGAGAGGGUAUGGGGGUUAGGGUUGCAAAGUCUGGUAGCUUUUCCAGAAAUCCUGGUUGAAAGACUCUGGAGUGAGUUAACAGGAAAUGCGGAAUCCUCCGACCCGGGAUUUCUGAAAAAUCUUGGAAUUUGGGAAAAGUUGCAUCAAUUUUGCAACCCUACUUAGGGUGUGGACCCAGAGGUUCAGAGUCUAGGGUCUAAGGUCCAGUUUCCCCAGACACAGACGAACCCUUGUUCUGGAUGUCAUUUUUAUUUUAUUUUUUUAAACCUACUCGAUGGUGAAUCUCCGUUGAAGUAGUUUCUAAAUCCUGGAUUAGACUUAAUCUUUUGUCCAGGAAACCAGUCCUAAAGGAACCAGCUAACUGAUGCUUCUCUGUUGUUGCUUUGAUCCACACCAUGGAAACAAAUACCUGUGUUCUUCCAAAAAAUCUCUGGAUUGAAACGUCACUCCUAAAACACACCGAGGCAGUAAAGUAGCAUUAUCAACACUUCUACCACGUCCCUGUCAUUGGUCGCCGGAGGAACCACCUUAAAAUGCAUUUUUCUUGUUAUGCUUUUAUCAGUGGUGUGCAGUAUAGCCAAUGGCAAUUAAUAAUUCUAGGAGGCUAGCUAACGCUUAACGUCAUGUUCUGUUCAAGAUGAUAUUUUAUAGGAAACAAAAGUGACUAUUUUUUGGUGUACCUUUAUAAACAGGUAGUUAACCUGUAGUCGAGAGUCGUCUGUGUUGUUGAUCAUAUUCUAUACAAAGAAAAAUGAAAACUGCAAUUCAUAUAUUAGUAGCUAAGGUUCCGUCAUUUAAGUGCACAGCUAAAACUGCACAUUUAUGUAUAAAGCAAUGUGUGUUGUAUGUAUAAUAAAGGUCUAUUGACCUGAUAUGCUGUUGACUGUA